UCAAAUAAACAGUUGACAUUGUCAACAUUUAAAUAUGAUAUUAUAUUAAUUCAAUUGCGUGGAUGAAGGCCACAUUUAAAACAACCAACCGACCAAUUAAUUCAACAUUAGUGAAAUAUAAACUCGUUUUACUUCUACACUAGAAACAUGUUGGCUGGGUUAAUGAAAUACACCUAAGAGUGUUGAUAUAACUUGUUGAAAUGCCCCCGUAUAUGAGGAGAUCGCGAUAUCGACUUGUUCGCAAAACAUUUUCAAAAUUGAUUUUUGGAAUCGUGUUUAUAUAUGGAUAUUGUGAAUAUAUUGUUUAUUAUGUCACUCAAAUGCAGUGUGAAUGGCCAGUAUUAAACAAAGAUCCCCUUGAUAAGACGGAUCCUGUUUAUGCAAUGAUCAUAGCUGAUACACAUCUGCUAGGCUCCAGAGAUGGUCACUGGUUUGAUAAAUGGCGAAGAGAGUGGCAGAUGCACCGAGGAUUCCAAACAGCCAUGACUUUACACAAGCCUGAAGUGGUAUUUGUGUUAGGCGAUUUGUUCGAUGAAGGGAAAUGGUGUUCUCAAAAGGAGUUCGACGAGUACGUGGAAAGAUUUCAUCGUCUCUUCAAAACACCUGUUGAUACAAAAAUGUACACAGUCGUAGGCAAUCACGACAUCGGUUUUCAUUACAGAAUAACGCCGCAACUGGCGAAAAGAUUUGAGGAGAAAAUGAAAUCUCCUCCGGUACAACUGGUCAGUAUACGUGGGAAUCAUUUCGUCCUGCUCAACUCCAUGGCGAUGGAAGGAGACGGAUGCACAUUCUGUUCGAGGGCUGUAGCUGAAAUCGACAAAAUAGCAGACAUCAUGAAAUGCAGCAGCGGAUCCAAGUUGUGUAAGGGAAAAGAAAAGCUACGAAAAUAUAGCAAACCGAUAAUUCUACAGCACUACCCAUUAUACAGGGUGUCCGAUGGCAUAUGUAAGGAACCGGAUGUAGCGCCAUGGUCCAGGAAGUCAGAUCUGUUCAUCGAACGUUGGGACUGUCUGUCCAGGGAGUCCACUGAGUACCUCGUGGAGAGCCUCCAGCCGCGCGUGGUCUUCGGUGCCCACACGCACCAUGGAUGUAAAAUUGAACACAGCUUUAUGCCAACACGUGAUCAUAAGAUAGAAUUCACGGAGUACACAGUACCAUCGUUCUCGUGGAGGAACAGCCUGGAGCCGGAGUAUUUCUUGGUAAGCAUAAACACAUCGGAGGUGAAAGUUUUAAAGUGCGAGUUACCGAGCGAGUGGUCCAUUCAGCUAACCGGCGUCAUAUUGAUGAUCAUCCUUUUAGUUUACAUUAAAUAUUUCUCGAGAUUUGUAACCGCGUUUAAUCAUAAACAAUUGUAGGUGAGAGAUUCGUACUAUAUAGUCGGUAAUGUAACCGCUCUGAAAGAUCUCACUUAUUAAGUCUGUUGUUUGAAUAGUUUUAUUAAAAAUAUAUCUUAAUUAGUCUCAAUAUUUAUAUGUGUGUGAUAAAUUGUAACUAAUAUAUGAUAUCAGUAAUCCAGUUCGUUUGCCAAUGAAACGACACAGUAAACAAACCUUCAGAGUUCAUUAUUUAGUUUUAAUGACAUAGUUAAUAAAUAAACUUUUCUCGUUAAUAAAUUCUCAAUUCCUAAAUAUAUUAUUGUAACGUGUUUAAAUGGAUAGAAUUCGUUUAUUAUUAAGAUUUCUUUUGCAGAAAAAAUACUUUCAAAAAAAAGUGAUGUUCGAACUAGCGUUUUAAAGUUACAAUACAGUAACAAUAAUUAUUAUCUUAUUUUAAAAAUAAAAGUUAAACUUUUUUGGUGUUUUUUUUCCUAACCUAAUAUUAAAUAACAAAUAUAAUCUGUGUGUGUACUAUAAACUUAUAGGUAUUACAUUUUCAUGCAAUUAUUCAAAAUUAAGCUUCAAGCUAAAAAAAAGUUCUUAUAUAUAUUUCGAAAAAUUUAAAUUAAAAAAAAGAUAGUAUGAAUCGACAAAAAUUCAUUAAAAUAAUAUAAAUUAGCUUUCAAUUUUACGUUACAAAAGGUACAAAGUUAAUUUAUAUAUUUAUUGAACACAUAGUUGUUGUUCAGUUUGACGACGAGAACUAUGAGGGAUCAGUUGACAGGUUGAGUUCAGAGACGUUCUUAAUCGUAUUCAGAUCAACAUUCGAAUGUCACUUGCUAAUAAUAAUAUUAUUGUAUCUGUGUGUUGUACCGCAUUACGUGUAAUUUAAUUUAAAUUAAAUUAAAUUUUAAUUAUAUUCAAUACAUUUUUUUUAUUAAAAUAAUUCGCCUCGUGUAAGUUACGUAACUUUUUUUUUGAUAACUAUAAGUAUAACUUUAAUGAUCGUAAGUGAAAUAUCAAUGAAAAUUAUUAUUUAUCGACUACUGCUGGUUUCGAAUGUAUAAAAUUUGAGAUUCCAAAUUUAAAUAUUAUGCAAUAUAUAAUUUACCUUAAGUGUUAUUUUUCUGGUUUUAGCUUCUUUUGUAUGAUUGUAAAAUUCUGUGAUUAUUUUUCAGGAUUAUUGACAUUAAAUACCAAAGAUUAAUUGUGAAAUUUAAUUAGUAAUAAAAUAUGUAAUUCAUUGGC